UGUUUAUUUCCGGGUUACGUCAGGGUUAGCUGGAGCAAUGACAUUGUACCAAACAGAGGCGAAGUCGGACAGCCGAGUGGCUUCAAGUUUGUUAUUUCACAUACUUUGAAGGCUUUGACCAGCACCGCUAUUGUCGUCAACAUGUCCCCCGCCACCACAGGUUUAACGGAGGAUCCACAGCAGGUUCAAGUAGGCUACAUCCCCACAGAGGAAGAGAAGAACGUGUUCCAGGAGUGCAACAACGAGAGCUUUUGGUACAGGUCGCUGCCCUUCUCUACGAUCAGCAUGGUUGUCACUCAAGCCCUCGUUUCCAGAGGGGUUCUGACUGCGUCUCCGAGGUUUGGAUCUCUACCCAAAUUGGCCUUUGCUGGCUUCUGUGGCUACCUGUUUGGAAAAAUUACGUACAUGAAGGAGUGCCAGGAGAAGUUCAAGAGGCUGUCGAACUCCCCUCUGGGCGAGGCCCUCAGACAGAAGGAAGGGCUGCCUCAACAAUUUUCCAAAGGUGCUCAGUCAGAGAUGAGUGACCCAGACGCCCCAUCAUUUGACACUAUGUUCCAGCCUGCAGAAGCCCCUGGCCAGAAAGGCUACAAUACAGAGCCACCCAUGCAAAUGGGUAGAUCAGAUGACUUCAGAGCACCAGUCGAGUCACGUUUUGACGAGGAUGAGCCCAGGAGGAAGGCCAUCCUCUAUGAGGAUUUGCGGAUGAAGAACAGAGAGAACUACGAGGUCACGCUAACACACAAGUCUGAAACACUUCUCAAACCAUCACCUGAGAAGGGGCCAACAAGACCCAAGAAAGAGAUGAAGAACAUUUAUGGAGACACCUGGGAGGAAUGAGUCCCUAUUUGAAAUUGAGAUAUGAGGCAUCCAUGACACUGUGGUGCAGGGGGCAGCUCAGUGACCAUAGUGCUCCUGUGUGAAUAAGUUUCUGGUCAAUAAGUAUGUCUUUGUUGUGAGUCAGUUAAACCAAACUACAUGAUGAUUAAAUCCGUCUCUCUGUGCUUUCUUUGA